UGUGUCAAAAUGUCAGUAAAGAUGAAAAACAGAAAUCAACAGAAAAUGUGUGAAAAACAAGACAUUGAACCAAAUGAUUGGAUCAAAAGGAUUGAAAGAUUUUAUGUGUUUGACGACGAUUUGGGAGCUAAUAUGCUAUUUGUUACCAAAGAUGAUGAUCGGGUCUAUGGAUUGGGUGCUAAUUAUUACGGAUCACUGGGUUUGGGACACAAUCAGUGGGUGAGUGAACCACAAGAGAUCAUUGAAUUGAGACAUAAAAAGAUUAUUAAUUUUAUAAACGGUAGACAAUUCAUGAUAUUUGUGUCAAAUGAUAGUUGUGUGUAUAGUUGUGGUUAUAAUAAAUGGGGACAAUUGGGUUAUAUAUGCGAAAAUAAUAUAUAUAAUAAACCAAUUAUUAUAGAAAUCAAUGCAAACAAUGAUUUAAUACGAGAUGUGAGUUGUGGUUCAAGUCAUACAUUAGUUGUAACCGAAAAUAAUAAUGAAGUGUAUGGUUGGGGUAGUAAUAGUUACGGACAAAUCGGUAGCCAAAACACCACUUGUGAUGCCAUCACUACACCCAAAAUAAUUGAAUUUAAUGGCAAUUAUUGUAUAAAAUCUGUUCACUGUUUUGAAGAUUCAUCGUUUGCACUGACAAUGGAUGGACAGGUGUUUAGUUGGGGACAAAAUUGUGACAAUAUAUUAGGACAUAAUAGCCUGGAAACGAUGAUAUGUUUGCCACAAUUAAUAAGCAAUUUGAAUGGUAUUACAUCAAUAAAACUAGGAUUUUGGAUAACAUUUUUUAUUAAUAUUCAGUCAAUGAAAUCCUAUAAAUGUACGGAUAGAACGCCAUUGUGUUUAAUGGAUGAUAUCCAAUAA